AUGGCAUCUGAUGAUUUAUCUUUCGAUAAGUUUGGGUGUUUGUCGAGUGAAUUACCCAAUGGUGUCUUGUUAUUAAAUGGAUGUUUUAAUCCCAUCCAUAAUAAUCAUAUUCGUACGCUGGAAUUAGCUCGUCAACAUUUAUCAGCAGAACAAAAGAUAAAUAUUAUUGGCAGUCUCAUAUGUUUAACUCAUGAAGCAGCACUUCGACGAAAGAUGAUGGAACACGAACAUAUUUUAUCGGCUAAAGAUCGCAUAGCAAUGUGUCAGUUAGCUGUAUCAGAAUAUAAUUGGUUGACAGUUUUCACUUGGCAAACUCAACAUGAGAAAAAUCCGGGGAUUAUCAAAACUAAAAAAUACUUGGAAACUGUUCUUGAUCAACAUUUCAAUCAGAAAGUUCAAAUUAUAUCUAUUUGUGGAGGCGAUGCAUUACCCAAGUUGAAGGGCGCAUAUACGAAAGAAUUAGUUGUGACUGUUAUCAACCGUUCAGUGGGUUUUGAUUUUGAUGCAUGGCUAUCCUCACAUGAGGUUUCUCCAUAUCGACAGAAUAUUCAUGUUGUCUAUGAUCAUGAUUGUCCAACGCAUAUUAGUAGCACAUUUAUAAGAAAUCAGAUUUCAUCUGGAAGAGAUCCCGGUGAUACCAUUCAUCCAUUUGUUUUGAAAUAUCACCGAGAACAUAAUAUCACAUACACAAGAAGCAAUAACGAAGAAAAGUUAAUUGACGGUUCAUCUCUUGAUCAGUAUUCUUCUAAUACGAUCUUGUCGUGGUCGGACUUGCAAGGCGCCGAUGAUAUUGAAUUGGGACGAGGACGAUGUGCAAAUGUCUAUGCAAAACAACUGUGUAAUGUGCCCGUAGCUGUCAAAGUGAUAAAGUUAACCAAUCGCAAUCUAAAACAAUUUCGUCAAGAAUUAGAUGUUAUUCAUCAUUUAGGAAUACAUUCGAAUAUACUUCAUUUUUAUGGGCACGGUGUAAAUGGACAAGGUAAUAUAGGUUUUUAUGUGAUGGAGCAGUGUUUAGGCGGCAACUUACUUGAACAUUUGAAACAAUAUUCGUACGCUUCAUCGCAGACAAUUCAAUCCAUAUUUCCAAAUCAACAAUGGAUUCAUCUAUGCAUCGAUAUUGCUCGUGGCCUGGCAUAUAUUGAAUCAAUUGGCGUCUUACAUCGUGAUAUUAAAACAGAUAAUGUUCUUCUUGUGCUCAAUCCUACUGUUGCUAAAAUAGCAGAUUUUACUGUAUCAAAACACACUUCAACUACAGAAUAUAUAGCACGGGGAUCAAUUCGGCACUAUGCUCCAGAAGCUAUUGAACAAAAACAUAUUUAUACACCUCAAGCUGAUGUAUACAUGUUUGCAAUGUUAUUGUUUGAAUUGGCUCAUGGCGGAAGAAGAAUUUGGCAAGAACUCGAAACUAGAGUAAUUGUAGCCCAAGUGUUAAAGGGAGAAAGACCAUUGUUUCAAGUACAAUGUCAUACUGACUAUGUUCAAAUAGUCAGAGAAUGUUGGGACCAGUUACCUCUAAACAGACCCAAAUUUGACCAAAUUGUAGAAAAGCUAGAAGGCCUCGAAACGCUAAUAAAGAGUAGUGAAAUGGAUGACAGGUGA